UGAAUUCAUGGUGGAGGAACAUGAACUCCAAAAGGAAAAGAUCCAGGAGGACUAUAAUGAUAAGUACUGGGAUCAAAGAUACACCAUUGUCCAGCAACAGAUUCCCUCCUUCCUGCAAAAGGUUGCUGAUAAAAUACUUAGCACAGGGAAGUACUUAAAUGUGGUCCGGGAAUGUGGCCAUGAUGUUACUUGCCCAGUGGCAAAGGAGGUUGUUUAUACCUUGAAGGAGCGUGAAUAUGUGGAACAGAUAGAGAAGGCCUAUAAUUAUGCCAGCAAAGUCUUGCUUGAUUUCCUGAUAGAUGAAAAGGAGCUUGUGGCUCACUUAAGGUCCAUCAAGCACUACUUUCUUAUGGACCAAGGUGACUUUUAUGUCCAUUUCAUGGAUUUGACAGAAGAGGAGUUGAAAAAACCAGUAGAUGAUAUCAUUCCGACUAGAUUGGAAGCUCUUCUGGAAUUAGCAUUACGUAUGAGCACAGCUAACACUGACCCGUUUAAAGAUGAUUUAAAGGUAAACUCUUUGCAGCCUGAAAUGAAGACAAGAUGUUAUAAAGACAUAAAAUAA